AUUGAAAAGGGGAGGGCUGAGUAUGUUGCCAAAUUAUCUGAGGAAAUAUCUUCUUUCAGUUCCCUGAUCAGUGAGAUGGAGCAGAAGUGCCAGCUGCCAGCGAGUGAAUUCUUGCAGGACAUCAAAGGCACCUUGAGCAGAUGCGAGAGGGCGAAGUUUCAGAACCCAGUGGCCUUUUCUUCUGACCUGAAAUGGAGAAUGUGGGAAUCUUCUCAAAGAAAUGCAUCUCUGGAGACCAUAAUGAAGAAAUUCACAGACUCACUGUCAUCUAAACCUCAGUGGGACAAAGCAAACGUGACUCUGGAUCCAGACACGGCCAAUCCCAACCUCACCGUUUCUGUGGAUCGGAGAAGUGUGAGAUGGGGAGACACACGGCAGAAUCUGCCCGACAACCCGGAGAGAUUUGACAGAUGGCCCUGUGUGCUGGGCUGUGAGGGAUUCACCUCGGGCCGACAUUACUGGGAGGUGGAGGUGGAGGUGGAGGUGGAGGGGUGGCGAUUCUGUGUUGUGGGGGUGGCCAGAGAGUCUGUGAGGAGGAAGGGAGAUAUCGAUUUUACCCCUGAGCAGGGUAUCUGGGCUGUGGAGUGCGAUGAGGAUCGGUACUGGGCUCUCACGUCCCCCGGGCAGCUCAUCCCCUUCCCCCCGAGCCGGGGACCCCGCAGGAUCCGGGUUCAUCUGGACUAUGAACAGGGGCAGGUGAUGUUUGUCGAUGCUGGUACCGGGGACGUGAUCGGCACUUUCCCGCCAGCCUCUUUCGCCGGGGAGAGAAUCCGCCCAUUCUUCUGGGUUGAUGGUGUUAGUGUGCGGCUCCUCUAGCCCCCACCCCCUUGAUCUCUAGGACCUGGAGGACUCAGCCAGCCCCAUCAGACAGGGCUGAAGGGGGAUGAUGCUCUACCCGUAGCUCUAUGGCUGUGGAGGUCUGUGUGAGGCUCUAGGCUGGUCUCUGUGCUCCUGGGAGCCAACGCUGUGUGCAGUGGGGGGGGGUCCCACAAAGGAAGGAGGGAGCCCCCCUGUGGGUGAGGACCCAGACAAGGUGAGGGAAAGACCACCCGACUGGGGGGAGAGCAGGGG